UCGUGACUUGAGGUGCUGUCACAUGACUCCAUGGCUUCUGGGAAGGAGAAGAGAGUGUAAGAAGAGAGACGCUGGACUAGGAAGUGGCCCCGGCUUGCUUCUGCUGCCUAACCAUGGGGACCGUACUGGACAUCAAGAUCAAAAGGGCCAAUAAAGUGUAUUACGCCGGGGAAGUGCUCUCUGGUGUGGUAGUUAUAUCUAGCAAAGAUCCAGUACAACAUCAGGGAAUUUUAUUAACAAUGGAAGGAUUGGUGAACCUGCAGCUCAGUGCCAAAAGUGUUGGUAUGUUUGAAGCUUUCUGUAACUCUGUUAAGCCUAUCCAAGUUAUUAGCAGUUCAGUAGAAAUUGUGAAACCAGGAAAAUUUCCCAGUGGCAAAACGGAAAUUCCUUUUGAGUUCCCUCUGCAUGUGAAGGGCAACAAAGUUUUAUAUGAGACCUAUCAUGGUGUGUUUGUCAACAUUCAGUAUACCCUCCGCUGUGACCUGAGACGAUCUCUUUUGGCCAAGGACUUGACAAAGAUAUGUGAAUUCAUCAUUCAUUCUACUCCUCAAAAGGGUAAAUCAACUCCAAGUCCUGUGGAUUUUACUAUUACACCUGAAACCUUGCAGAAUGUUAAAGAGAGAGCUUCUCUCCCCAAAUUUCUCAUCAGAGGACAUCUCAACUCAACCAACUGUGUUAUUACACAGCCACUAACUGGGGAGCUAGUGGUUGAAUACUCAGAAGCUGCCAUUAAAAACAUAGAGUUGCAGUUGGUACGAGUGGAAACCUGUGGUUGUGCAGAAGGAUAUGCCAGAGAUGCCACAGAGAUUCAGAAUAUCCAAAUUGCUGACGGUGAUGUUUGCAGGAGUCUUUCCGUUCCCAUAUAUAUGAUAUUCCCUAGACUUUUCACUUGUCCUACCCUUGAAACUACUAAUUUCAAAGUUGAAUUUGAAGUUAAUAUUGUGGUCCUACUUCAUGAUGAUCACCUCAUCACAGAGAAUUUUCCACUAAAACUCUGCAGAAUUUAAAGAAGGAAGAUAAAAAAGUUUGGAGAAAUGAAGCAAUCAAGGAGAAUUUUGAAGAUUUGAUAGACUGUUACUUGGACUAAAAGUUUUAAAUAUAUACUUGUUUUUCUUUAUUAUUUUGAUCAGAAUGAACUUAAUACCCUAGAAAGUAUAAUAUGUAUUGUUUUCCUUUUGCCUGAUGUUUCUAGAGCAUAUGACUUUUUUAGUCACUAGGUUAAGGCAUAUAUUUUCUUUGAUAUUCAAGGAUCUUAUUAGUGUUGAUUAAUAACAUUACCUGGUAGGGGGAAAAAAUGUUAUUUGUACUUAGAGCUAAUUUUUUUUCUCUAGCAUUACAUUGAAGAGUUUUGUAAUAUUUGAAGAUCUUUCAGUGCUCUGGUAGUGCUCUAAGUCUAUAAAUUGCAGAGAAGAUACAAAUCUUUAUCACCUGGACUUCCAUGAAUCCAGUCCCUGUCCCGUCCUAAAUAUCUCCCAGAAUUGCCACCAAGAAUUACUAUAACUCCGGGACAAAGAGUUUUUAGCUCAAAAUAUAAUUCCAGUCACCCUAAAGAAACUGAGAAGAACUAUGCUUAAUGCUGGCAAAGUGCUUAAUAAAGUCAUCUCAGAGUAGAUAGUGAUCAUUGCAUCCAAGUCUUGGUUCUGACACAGAUUUACUGCCUCUUUGACCCCAGGAAAGUCAUUUCACCUCACAGUGUCCCAACCAACCCACUGAAAUUAUACAUUAACUAAUCACUGUUGGUUGAAACGAAUUCCACAUCAGAAGUUUUACAAAAAUAAUAUCACAGCUUCAGACUCCUCUCUUUUUUACCCUUAAAAAUAUAUUUAGAGACAAAGUAAUUUAUUGGCCAAAUAGAAUGAAUAAAGCAUUUAUUAUAUGCUCUAGGAAGUUGUAAGUAUAUGUUGGUUCUUUCACGAACCUUUUCAAUGACUUUGUUUUUCAAAGAUCUCUUAAAGAGGCCAUCAUAUGCUCAAAAAUUUUUUUUUACUGUGUGCGGAGCCUCGUGACCCAAGUGCUGUGGAUGUAGAUACAAAAGCAAGAUGACCCCUGCUCUCUAGGAGCUCACUUUCUAAUGGAGGAGGCAAGUUCAGUAACACAUCUACAAGUCAGGUGGAAGAGUUCUGUAGUGUUAAGAGUACAGCAGCAACUGUGGACUUAGCUAUUCUAAUCCAUAAGUGAUCCAAGACAAUUCCAAA